AUGGCUGCCACUUUAGAAGACAUUGCUGCUCAAGUGAAGUUUGACAUCUUGACUAAGACACAGGAAAAGGACAAUGAAAAGCUGCUGAGGGAGAUCUCCAGGAGUUUCAUCUCCGAUACCAUUACAGCGCCUACGAAGGAGAUGUAUGCUUAUGCUCUCCGUGCUUCUCUUGGCGACGAUGUCUACAACGAUCCUUCCACGGAGGCUUUGGAGGCACAUAUGGCACAGCUCACUGGGAAGGAAGCGGCGCUCUUCGUUCCCUCCGGGACUAUGUCCAAUCAGCUUGCCUUGCGCACCCAUCUGAAACAGCCUCCCUAUUCUGUAUUGUGUGACCAUCGUGCGCAUAUCGCUAGACACGAGGCAGGCGGAGCGGCGUUCCACUCUGGUGCACAUUUGGAGUGCGUUCCUCCCUCCAAUGGACAUCAUCUAACCGUUGCUGAUGUUAAGGAGAACGUCGUUACGGAAAUGAACAUCCACUACGCUCCGACAGAAGUCAUUGCCCUUGAAAAUACUUUGAAUGGAACCAUCAUUCCACAGGAAGAUAUUGAAGCCAUUUCCGAGUUUGCACACAGCAAGGGAAUUAAGAUGCAUCUCGAUGGAGCUCGGAUUUGGCAUGUCGCAGUCGCGACGACUACACCCAUCAAGACAUUGUGUGACCCAUUUGAUUCUGUCAGUAUUUGCUUCAGCAAGGGCCUUGGUGCGCCGAUUGGGUCCUGUCUCGUCGGCUCAAAGGAAUUCAUCACCAAAGCUCGCUGGUUCCGGAAGUUGUUCGGUGGGGGAAUGAGACAGACGAGCUUCAUGGCAGCGGCUGCCGCAUAUGCUCUGACACAUAACUUCCCACUGUUGCCUGGUGUACACGCUCUUACCAAGAAACUGGAGAAUGGCCUCGAAGGGCUCGGCGUUACUAUCACCAGCCGUGCCGAGACGUGCAUGGUCUUCUUCGACGCCUCUCCUAUUGGCGUGAACUACGAGGAGGUAGUGGAUAGGGCGAGCAAGUUGCCUGACCCGAUCGAUGUUGGUGGUUCAAGGCUGGUCGUUCACAUUCAAACUUCCCCAGACGCAGUCGAGGAUUUCUUGUCGCUCAUGCGGACCCUGGCUCAAGAGAAGAGAGAUGCAGGGUUUGCUCCUACUCAGAAAAAGGUUAAUGGUCUUCCCAACGGCAAUAUCUAUCACAAGGUCCGCACGUAG